AUCAAGUCUAAAUCUUCCUAAACCACAGCGGAAUGCAAGAAUAGCGCUCUCCUCAUCUAGCUCUAGCUCUGGCUCUAGGUUCAAUUCUACAGCCCAUCUUCGACCAGUGGCCUCUGGCGAUAGACAGAUGUCGUCGUUAGUGGUUUCGUCGACGCCGCACUGCCUCUGGAUCCUGAAUCGCAAUGGAACAUUGAUCUUCCAUCGGGAUUUCAAGCCGACGUGUUUCACCGCAAAUGAUCGCAUUCGAUUGGCGUCCACACUGCAUGGAAUAUCGGCGGUAGCCGCUCGUAUUACACCAGCGCCCUCUGGUGUAGGUAACGGCGCGGCAGAGAGAACAAACCGGCACGAAAAAGGCUCGAGUGUCGCUGGCGCGACCGACCGAACUACCGGGGAUUUUUCUGGCGCUCCUGCGGCCGCGGCUUCCAGCAUAACUCCAGCUCCAAGCUACACCGGCUGCCUGCCUUUCGAAUCGAAAACUACAAGCAGGACCGGUGGCUCUUCAUCUUCAAGCGGUGCCAUUCGACGGUCCAGCAGUCCCGUUGCCGUUCAACGACCCGAGUUUAUGGUCGGCGCCAGCAGGUUUCCUGGAAACAAGAACGCAGUUGCCGAACAACAUGCAGCGGUAUCUUCCGUGGCCUCCAGCACCGUUCCUGCAGCCGCAAGUAGAAGAACAAGGUCAACUUCGAAGCACGUCUUCCACGCACCCUGGGGCACCGCCGCUCGGAAUAAGGCAAGAGGCGGCCAGGACAACAAUGUGGACAUUUCUGCGCAGGACCAGGAGUCGCUGCUCGAAGGCGGGGACCAAUGGUUUGAGAUUCCGUCGAGCGCUGCCCUGCUAAACCAUGCCUCUACCAGCCUGGUUGGCGAAGUGCCCGCACUGCCCGCCCUGGCCGGUCGCUUGGUGCGACAGAUGGCGAACGGAACCACUCUGCCCAUCACACAAUAUGAGCAGGCUCCGCAAGUCGCGGCCGUCUACCACAGAAUAGUAAAUGCAUCGGGGCAUAAUGAAGAAGUAUCAUCUUCAUCUGUUUCAUCUCCUGGUGUUGCGUCAUCGAAUAAAAACCCCAUCAACGGAAACGCGACCGGUGGAGAUGUGGCGUUUUCGUCUGGCUCUACUACUUUUGUGUCCAGCGCAUCAUCUUCUGCGGCACCCUCGACCACAGGACGAGCGGUCACUUCUCCACAACAAUUGUCGUCUUUCGCGACCACCGCAGAAGCGUCCGAUUUCGAGCUCGCGUCCACCGAGGACGAAUUUCUCUACUGGCAGGUGCCGGAGAAGGUUCUGACGGAGAAUCUGGUCGCGUACCGGCGCGAGCAAUAUACCGACCAUCGCAAGGCCUGCACGCUGCGUGCGUGUCAAAAUUCCGCCCUGCAUCCGCGCGGCAUAACGCGCGUUGAGGCGGCGGGCUUUCAGGUGUUCAUGCUGCAGACGCGCACAAACCUGCGGUUUAUCCUGAUCACCGAGGGCUUUUUCGACAGCAAAAAGGCCGACCUGUUCCUCAAGUACGUCUACGAACGCUUUGCGGUGCUCAUCCUGCAGGACCCUUUUGUGGUCAGUCUGGACCUGCCCGUGCAGUCGGCCGCCUUUGACCAGGCCCUCGGUUUCGGCCUGCAACUGGCCGCACAAACCGAAAAUGAAUGAAGAACUACAAGACUGCCACAGGAUUCUGUGGUGCAUCUUCCGGCUGAAGAUGCGGGAGAGCGAGGCGGGCGAUAAAAAAAUAUCGCAAAAAUGCAAACGAAAAAUAACAUUUCUGCUUUUUAUUUCACCUGUUUUCAUCAAUUCAAAUCCACCGUGCGCAAAAAUGCAAAUAGAAAAUGCAAAUAGAACAAAAUGUAGAAUUAUGCGAAACUCAAUGAAUAGCCCGCCUAGAUCAAGGC